AAGAUCAAAACAGAGUAUAAUAUAAAAGUUAUGUCCUACAGCAACAGGACUGCAGUUAUACCAAAUGGUAAAGCUAAAACAAAGGAAGGCAAAUAUGUUUAAAAUUGGUUAGAUAUCAACUUAUAUGUUGGGGUAGACCCUAGUCAGGCUUUGCUGGUGUGAAAUUCAGGUUAACAUCAAAGCAUUGCCUUAAUGCGUGGAACAAAGGUCUCAGAAAGUCAAUCCAGGACCCUACUGCUGGUAAAGUACCAAUUAGCAGAUUGCUUCACAUAUCCAAGUAAAAAGGCAAUUUUUGGUAACAGUUUAUCAGCACAUUCUUGGCAUGGAAAAAAGAGCCCAUUUACACAUGCUUUCCAAAUCACAACACACAGUGAAGGAAGGAAGAAAUCUGUCUUUUACAUGUUCACAUCCACGAUCCACAAAUGGGUGUCUCAUGGUCUGAAGGACGAUAACAGGCUACCUUUUCAGGGCCCCUGGUUUAGAAGGUGAGCCUGGGAGACAUUUUAACCUAAUGCACAUUAAAACCAGUGUAAUAUCAAUAAAAGUUGAAUGAUCAAAGGAUGAAUGAGAACUGUAGGCAUAAAAGGGUAAUGAAGGAAAUGUGGUGUAGUGAGGAGAUACUGGAAGGUCCUGGCUUUGAAGUGUCAUUCCUGAGAACAACGUUGGGUACUGCUGACACUGUCAUUAUUUAGGCCUGUAUCAGAAAGGAUUGGCCUCAAGAUCACUCACAGACAUGUAGCAUCACUCAAAGACAUGGGAGACACUGAUGCACAACCAUGUGCUCCAUGCGCAGGAAAUGGCAAGUAACCGAGGAACCGUCAAUGUGGACUUCAUCUGGUCAUUUGACGAGUCACAUAUAGGAGCUCCGGCGUUUCUCCAGUCCAUUCUUCCCUUCCCUCAGUUCAAUUGUGCUCUCUGAUCCCUCUUUUGCCCUUCCUCAAAGAUUCACAAUGCUCAUCAAAGAGUACCACAUACCCAUGCCCCUGAGUGUGGAGGAGUAUCGUAUUGCCCAGCUUUAUAUGAUCCAGAAAAAGAGCAGAGAAGAGAGCUGUGGUGAAGGUAGUGGGGUGGAGAUCUUGGAGAACAAACCCUACACAGAUGGACCAGGGGGAAAUGGACAGUACACCCACAAGGUCUUCCACAUUGGCAAGCACAUCCCGAGCUGGUUUCGCUCCAUCUUGCCCAAAGCAGCACUACGGGUUGAAGAGGAGUCCUGGAACGCCUACCCUUACACUCGCACCAGAUACACCUGUCCCUUUGUGGAAAAGUUCUCCAUUGACAUUGAAACUUACUACAAGUCUGACACAGGCAACCAGUCUGAUGUCUUCAACAUGUCAGGAGCAGAGAAAAGGCAAACAACAAUUGACCCAAUCGACAUAGUGACAGAUCCCAUUCCCCCUCACGAGUACAAGGUGGAGGAGGAUUUGCGGUUCUUCAAGUCAGUGAAGACCCAGAGAGGGCCGCUGAAAGACGACUGGAUAGAGGAGUACAACAACAACCCAGGAAAGACCCCCAUCAUGUGCGCUUACAAACUGUGCAAAGUGGAAUUCCGCUACUGGGGCAUGCAGUCAAAGAUUGAACGCUUCAUUCAUGAUGUUGGACUCAGGAAGGUGAUGGCCCGUGCCCACCGGCAGGCCUGGUGCUGGCAGGAUGAGUGGUACAGUCUGACCAUCGAAGACAUCAGGCAGCUGGAGCUGGAAACUCAGCUGGCCUUGGCCAGGAAGAUGGCACAGUUUAGCCAGGCGGAAGAGGCCACCAAAGCCAUGAGUGGUGGUCCCUCUCCAGACCAGGAAGUUAAAGAGGCCAUUAGCUUCAUCGAGGCAGAGGAGGUGGUCGUCAACACUGGGAGAGAGACUCUCCAGCCUAGAGGUGUGCUCACAAAGCAAUGGUCUGCCUCAUCCCGCUCAUCCCGCUCAUCUAAGAGAGGAGUGAGCCCAUCACGGCAUAGCAUCUCAGAAUGGAGGAUGGAGAGCAUCGCACGAGACUCUGAGGACAGCUCAGACGAGGAGUUCUUUGACGCUCAUGAGGAUCUGUCAGACGGCGAAGAGGUCUUUCCAAAGGAAAUCAUCAAGUGGAAUUCCAAUGACUUCAUGGACAAGAUUGACAGUGUGGACACAGAGGAAACUCCCGGUGAUCUGUAUAAAGAGAUGGCUGUAGAUUAUGACAGAGAUGCCAGUGAGGAGAGACUAGAUGAGGAGAGUUUUUCACAGCAGUGCCUACAGCCUUCCAAGUUCCAUGUUUUGAUCUUAGUCCUGCAUGGAGGGAACAUCCUUGAUACAGGAGGAGGAGACCAGAACAGCAAGCAGGCAGACGUCAACACCAUUAGCACAGCUUUUGACACGGUCAUGCGCGUUCACUAUCCUGCUGCGUUGGGACGCAUCGCCAUCCGUUUGGUGCCCUGCCCUGCCAUCUGUGCUGAGGCCUUUUCCCUGGUGUCCAAUUUGAGCCCCUACAGCUACGAUGAGGGAUGUCUGUCCAGCCAGGAUCAUAUCCCACUGGCAGCUCUGCCCCUCCUGGCCACCUCUGCUCCACAGUACCAGGAGGCCGUGGCCACUGUCAUGGUCAGAGCCAAUCAGGUGUAUUCUGAUUUCAUAAAGUCUUUGAAUGGCUUCACCUUCUCUGGUCAGGUUUGUCUUAUUGGAGAUUGUGUGGGAGGAAUCCUGGGAUUUGAUGCUCUCUGCAGCAGCACCAAGAUGGUUAAUGAAAGUCAGAACAGCAGCCGCAGGGGCAGCAUGGUCAGUGUGCAGGAUCAGGACCUUGUUUCCCCUGGAAUCAUUGUUAACAGUGGGCAUGGCUCAUCUUCUCCCACCCUGGAGGACAGCCACCAACUCAGUCGCAGCAACAUCGACAUCGACAUCCCCCGGGCAGGCGCCACUGACGACACCAAGAGACAAAUGCCACGCAAGAAAAGUGAUUUCUCCACUUAUGAACAGGAAACCCUAAAACAACACCUGGCCUUUUUUACCAGCUUACACUCCCGUGUCUUGCGGAAUGAUGCAGCUUCUCGCAGGUCCAGUAGCAACACCAUGCUGGAUGGAGGCUCCCUGGGGAAGUUUGACUUUGAGGUGUCCGACUUUUUCCUCUUCGGUUCACUGCUGGGGUUGGUACUUGCACUGAGGAAGACUGUCAUUCCUAUGCUGGAUGUGGCCCAGCUGCGACCUGCCUGUCAGCAAGUCUAUAACUUGUUCCAUCCUGCUGAUCCCUCAGCCUCCCGUCUGGAGCCAUUACUAGAGAGGAAAUUUCACCUUCUUCAUCCCUUCAGUGUGCCCAGAUACCAACGCUUUCCUCUGGGAGAUGGAAACUCUGCUCUGCUGGCGGAUGUUGUUCAGUCUCAUGGUGGUGUCUUCAUGGACAAUUCCUACCCCUCCUCCCCCAUAAUGGGCCCCCUCUCCAGGGGCCAGCGGAGGGCCAGUGAGGUCAGCAUUACCAGCCAGGUCUCAGGAAAGGCAGACAGUUACACUGCCACCAACAUAGCCAACACUAAAUCAUGCCAAAUUAACCAUUCCAAAAAGUUUAGCCUCUUGUCCCAACUCGCCUUGUCACCACAAAAUAAAUUCUUCCUGAAAAGUCCUCCCAAGUCUCGUAAGAAAAUAGCAGCAGCUGCAGCAGCACAGGCUGCAGGAGCUCCUGAAGCAGAUGUAGUGUCACAGCUGGGCAAUGAGGCAAACAGUGCAAUAUGUGAUCUGGUCUCACUGGACUCCCAGGCUGAAGUGGACCAAGUUGCUGCGCAUUGGUGGGGCACAAAGCGACUGGAUUUUGCCCUGUACUGCCCAGACGCUCUGACCGCUUUUCCCACCGUGGCUUUACCACACCUCUUCCACGCAUCCUACUGGGAGUCCACUGAUGUGGUGUCUUUUCUCCUCAGACAAGUCAUGAGACAUGAAAACUCUAGCAUCCUGGAGCUUGAUGGGAAGGAAGUGUCGGAAUUCACUCCAUCCAAACCACGGGAGAAGUGGCUGCGUAAGAGGACUCGUGUGAAGAUCAGGAAUGUGACGGCCAACCACCGCGUGAAUGACGCUGUCUUCACUGAAGACAGCCAGCAGGUGGUGACAGGUCGCUUCAUGUAUGGACCUCUGGACAUGGUCACGCUGGCUGGAGAGAAGGUGGACCUCCACAUCAUGACCAAGCCUCCUUCAGGUGAAUGGGUCUUCUUUGACACAGGGAUGACCAAUAGUGGUGGACGUCUGUCCUUUAUCAUCCCAGAAGACAAGCGACUGGGCAUUGGAGUCUAUCCAGUUAAAAUGGUUGUGAGAGGUGACCACACGUCUGCAGACAGCUGCUUAACAGUUAUUCCGCAUGGCACAGAGUUUGUUGUCUUCAGUAUUGAUGGAUCUUUUGCUGCAAGCGUCUCGAUCAUGGGCAGUGACCCCAAAGUACGAGCAGGAGCCGUGGAUGUCGUCAGGCACUGGCAGGAUUUAGGCUACCUAAUCAUCUAUGUGACAGGACGCCCUGACAUGCAGAAGCAGCGGGUAGUAGCUUGGUUGUCUCAGCACAACUUCCCUCAUGGCAUUGUCUCCUUCUGUGAUGGUCUGGUCCACGACCCACUUAGACACAAGGCCAACUUCCUCAAGAACUUAACAGAGGCUCAAAUGAAGAUUUUUGCUGGAUAUGGAUCAACCAAAGACAUUUCGGUCUACAACGCCAUCGGCCUCCCUCCUUCACAGAUAUACAUUGUUGGCCGACCAACCAAGAAGAUGCAGCACCAGUGCCAGUUCAUCAUGGAGGGCUACGCAGCUCACUUGUCCCAGCUGGAGUACCAUCACCGUUCACGGCCGGCCAAGUCCAGCACUGCACGUAUGGUGCUGCGUAAAAGCAGCUUCGGCCUGGGUGCAAACAGGGACUUCUUUAGGAAGAGGAACCACUUGCUGCGCACCAUCUCCUCUCAGCCGGCCCCCAGCUCGCCGACGGGCAGCAUCCACAACAGACCAGAACAGAGCCAAUCAGACAGUGAGGGGCGGGAACUGGAGCACGCUCACAGCCACAGUCAGGGAGUGGCUCAGCGCAGCAUGAGCAUCACAGCCAGCUGCUGGGGCCGCAGCAGCAGUACCAAGUUUGAAUCAGGAGCUCUCAGUCCAAAAUGAGAUUAGAGACAUGAGGUUAGAGAAGUGAGUGACUCAAACUUGUGUAACGUAAGGAUAAAUAAACUGUUGGAGUACACCACAUGGGUCAUUACCACGAGGACAGUCCUUGGUGCUACAAACCACUCUAUGUUCAACAAAAGCCAGUCACACUCAAGGACAGAAGCUUUGACUAAAACACACAAACACAACUUCACAUGCAUUUCAAGAAGCAUCUUCCCGAAGCAGGGACGUGUGACACAGUCAGUGUUGCAGGAUGUUGUUUUUACUAUUUAGUACAUAAUAACAAUCUUAAAUACACAGUCAUUUCUUCCUCCUACAGCAGGGUUUCAGGCAGGUCAUGGUUACUCAGAAAAGCACCCCAUGCUGCACAUAGCAGCAGCAGUAGAUAACAGAUAGCAGAUAACUAUAGUUACUGUAAGCACAGCAUUUACUCCAGAGAUCAAUUUUCUGAUUAAAUAGAUAUUAAGCAGUUCACUCUUUGUGAAAUAAAGUAAUCAGAUUUCAAUAUCUGUGUGCAUAAAUUACCAUUUUGUAUUAGUCUAAUUUUUCACUUUAGCUAAAACCUUUUCAAUAAGAAGGCUUUUCGGGCUAGUAUUCGCUGACUGAAUGUAAGAAAUGAAUAGUUCAUCACAGCAAAACAAACUGGAGGUAAAGCUGUGUAAAGCUGCAGCCAUGCUUUUCUUUGUGCAUAUUUGUCUAUAAAACCAAAGACUAUGUUCUCAUUUAAAAUGUUCAACAUUGCAUUUUGCAACCCAAAAACACUUUCCAGACAAACAGGCCAUAAAAUAUAACAAUGGGGAAAAAGUUUGCGCACAAAAAUGGACAUAACCAAAAAUAGACAAGAAAAUCAGGCAAACUGGGCAAUUACACAUUUGUAGUAAACCCGAAAACACACCUAAUUUUUAUCAUCACAAAAAUUGUGUUUGAUCCAAUUAGGGAUGUUUAUUGGCAAGAAUCUGGCGAUACAACACGUGUAACGACACAGGAAACAGGAUACAGGAUACAAUAUAGUGCAAUAUACUGCGAACAAAUAUCUUUUUACUGAUCAUAUUUCAUAUUAUCCAUAAACACAAAGGAAUGGCAUAGAGAACGCUGAUGUAAAAAAACAUAAAUAAAAUAGGUAAAAAUGUACAGCUUAAAAAAACUGACCAAGGGGAUUACAUUUGUAUUAAGUUUUUUUUUGUUUUGAGUUUUUUUUUUUUUUUUUUUUUUGGAAACUUCUGCAUACACUAAGAUUUUGGGUUGACUAUAGAAAUAGAUGCAUUCACAUCUAUGGAAAGAACAGUAUUGCUGUAAACCAUUUCUGUAAAACUGUUCAGUUUCCCUCCCUCCUAGGUGAUGCUCAGACCCAAGAAGCCAUCCAGAUGUCCCACGAGGAAAAGUGAGAUUUUACCCUUUAAUUAUACCUGCAGCCAAAAACUGUUCCCAGGAUUUAAUGGCAUUUCACCACAUCCCACUCAGUGUGGCUGAUGAUGUGAAAUGUCGUCUCAGCUCUAGGGAAGGUUUCUCCAUUGUAAGUAAGGAUUAAUGUGCCAAAGUAAACAGUACAGAAUGAUUUGCUGUACAUGUAGGAGGGUGGAGGAUGUAUAAGUGAAUAUAUUGUGUAAUUACAUGUAGUUUGAUGGCCUUAACAAGGCUGUGUACAUUACUGUUAUAUACACUAUAUUACCAAAAGUAUUCGCUCACCUGCCUUGACUCAUACUAUGAACUGAAGUGCCAUCCCAUUCCUAACCCAGAGUUUAAUAUGAUGUUGGUCCACCUGCAAGGUAUUACAGCUUCAACUCUUCUGGGAAGACUGUCCACAAGGUUGAGGAGAGUGUAUAUAGGAAUUUUUGACCAUUCUUCCAAAAGCGCAUUGGUGAGGUCACACACUGAUGUUG